AUGCAAACUGGUCCAACAUCCAUGUUGAAGGAUGGUUCAACAUUUAUUGAUGAUCCUGUCAUUAAGAACAUUCAAGCCUGUCGUGAGCUUGCCAAAAUUACACGCAGUUCCAUGGGUCCUUACGGAUUAUGUAAGAUGGUGAUAAAUCAUCUUAACAAACUUUUCGUAACUCAUGAUGCCGCAACUAUUCUUCGUGAGCUUGAUGUGGAGCACCCAGCGGCGAAACUUCUGGUACAAGCCUCCAACGCCAUGCAGGAGGAAGUCGGUGACGGUACAAAUCUUGUCGUGUCUCUUGCCGGAGAAUUACUCUCGCAGGCUGAAUCACUUGUGCGAAUGGGUCUUCAUCCAAGUGAAAUUCUGGAAGGUUACAAGAAGGCAGGUAACAAAAGCUUGGAAAUUCUUGAAACCAUUACAGUCGGAACAGUUGAUGAUAUGCUGAUCAAGGAACAACUAAUUGCACCUAUCCGCACAGCCAUCGCUUCAAAACAAUACGGAUAUGAAGAUUUCUUGGCAAAUCUGGUUAUUGAAGCUUGCAUCAACGCCUCUCCUUCUAACGUUCGAUCUUUCAACGUAGAUAAUGUUCGUGUGGCAAAACUAGAUGGUGAGUCUGUCUUGGCAUCCAAAAACGUUCGCGGAUUUGUAAUUGCGCGAAACCCUGAAGGAACUGUACGUCAUCAGAAAAAUGCAAAGAUUGCCGUCUAUGGAUGUGCUGUUGAUGUUCCAUCUACUGAAACAAAGGGAACGGCACUCAUUGAGUCAGCUGAAGGACUUAUUAUGUACUCAAAGAAAGAGGAAGAGGUGAUGGAGGGAAUUAUAACGAAUAUUCAUAAAACAGGUGUAAAUGUCGUUGUUUCUAAUUCAACUUUUGGUGACCUUGCGCUGCACUUCCUGAACCGGUAUAACAUCAUGGCAGUGAAAGUUUCCUCUAAGUUUGAGCUUCGCCGUCUCUGCGCCGCCGUGGGUGCACGAACUCUCUCCCGUCUUGAUACACCGACACUGGAGGAUAUUGGCUCAUGUGAUAACGUCGACGUGACCGAUGUGGGUGGCAAGAAUAUUAUUUCUUUCUCUCAAGACAAGGAUGAUUCAAGGCUGUCUACUAUUGUUGUGCGCGGGGCAACGAAAAACGUUCUGGACGACGUUGAACGUGCUAUUGAUGAUGGUGUCAACGUCUUCAAGGCCCUUACCAAGGAUAAGAGACUGGUAGCAGGUGCGGGUGCUGUUGAAAUGGAACUGCAGAAAAGGCUCACACUCUUUGCUGAAGCCAGUCCUGGUCUUGAUCAAUAUGCCAUUCGCAAUUUCGCAUCUAGCUUUGAGAUGGUUGCGCGGACGUUGGCUGAGGUUAGCGGUUUCAACGGAACGGAUGUCGUCACACAACUGGAAGUCGAUCACAACGCCGGUAAGGAACACCAUGGUGUUAAUGUGGAAGAUGGUACCACGAUUAAUGCGUUGGAAGCUGGUAUUGUUGAACCAUAUCUCACAAAAUAUUGGGCAAUUAAUUUGGCCACUGAAGCCGUUUUGACGAUUCUUCAGGUAAAUCAAAUCAUCGUCGCCAAACAAGCGGGUGGUCCGAAGAACCGCCCAGACCAAUCCAGAGACGAGGAUUAA